AUGUUCCUGUGCUUUCUGGCAAGCCUUCAGAGUUACGCCGUCACUAUUGGCCCAGUAGCUGACCUUGUUGUGGCCAAUGCUCAAGUAUCUCCAGACGGAUUCACCAAGGCGGCGGUUCUUGCUGGUGGCACUCUUCCCGGGCCCAUUAUCACGGGUCAGAAGGGUGAUACGUUCAAGAUUAACGUCACAAACUAUUUAAAUGACGACACGAUGCUCAUAGGCACCAGCAUCCACUGGCAUGGAAUAUUCCAACGACACAGUAACCAGAUGGACGGCACAGCAUUCGUUACGCAAUGCCCGCUCGCUCCAGGGCAUUCUUUUCUGUACGAGUUCAAUGCUGGUGACCAAGUAGGAACAUACUGGUACCACUCUCAUUAUGGAGUCCAAUACUGCGACGGUCUACGAGGUCCAAUGAUCAUCUACGACCCCGACGAUCCAUACCGUUUCUCUUACGAUAUUGAUAAUGAAUCUACUAUUAUCACGUUGAUGGACUGGUAUCACGUACCAUCUCCUCAAGUCCAAAGACAGGUGACUCCCGACUCCGUGCUUAUCAACGGUGUCGGGAGCUAUCAGGGAGGACCGGAUUCUCCUUACGCCGUCAUCGACGUUCAGCCGUUCAAGCGAUAUCGUUUCCGUUUACUGAACAUGGCGUGCAAGCCCAACUAUAUUUUCUCUAUCGAUCACCACAAGCUCACCAUAAUUGAGGUUGAUGGCCAAUACGUCGAGCCGGUCGUGGUAGACUCUAUUCAGAUCUAUGCUGCACAGCGGUAUUCUUUCAUUCUCGAGACGAACAGGCCCGUCGACAACUAUUGGGUGCAUGCGGAUCCGAACACAGGUACGAACUCUACGGCCAUCUUACGAUACACAGGCUCUCCCGACGUGGACCCGAAAAACAGAACGACUCCAAACCUGGCCCCUCUGAAAGAGACUGACCUACACCCCUUGUAUCCGCCUCCAUCUCGUUUGCUUCAGGAAAAUGGUGCAGACGUAAAGCUUGAUCUGAUCCUUGGGAAAAAUGAGACCAGUUACAACUUCCUCAUCAAUGGGGUUCAGUACACUUCUCCUAGUGUCCCUGUACUACUACAGUUAUUGAGCGGUGAUAUGACGGCUUCGAAUCUGGCACCCAAUGGUUCCGUGUAUAUUCUACCGCGGAACAAGGUUAUCGAGAUUUCCUGGAACCCUGACAAUGCCGAUGGGCGCCCUCAUCCAUUUCAUCUACAUGGUCACAGUUUUGCUGUCAUAAGAAGUGCCGGAAGUAGCAGCUACAACUAUGUCAACCCCGUCAUGCGCGAUACCGUGACUACUGGUUUUGCUGGUGACUAUGUGACCAUCCGCUUCAUCACGGAUAAUCCUGGGCCCUGGUUGUUACACUGUCAUAUCGAUUGGCACCUAUACACCGGAAUGGCAUUGGUAUUUGCAGAGGCUCCUCAAGAUGUAGCACUUUCACAGCCUCUCCGUAGUUCUUCGAAGCGGCUCUGUCCGAUAUAUGAUAACCUUUUCCCCCAAAAUUUCCCUCUGCCUCCUCCAAAUUGA